CAACUUUCACUUUUAUAUUAGGAAUUUGUAAUGGGUUUGUGCACUUCCAAACGUUUCAUUUUUAUAUUAACAAUUUAAAAGCUCAAAAUUAUGAAGGUAUAGUAAGAAAGCGAAUGUUAACCCGUGGUUUACGUGAUAGAGUUCGUAAGGCUAUUUGGAGAAUCGAACAUACUUAUGUUGAAAUGUUUUCAAAACACCUGCCUACUUUUUAAAAAUUGAAUAUUGUAUUUGUAUACAGCAAUCAAUGGCAGAUGUAAUGGAAAAAACAUAUAGUGCCAUGUUUCUUUAUAACAGACCUAAGCUGAGUAGCAAUCGCAAAAAGGACCCUGACUAUGUAUUAUCCUAUAGAUUUGUUAAGUUUGCAGUAGAAAAAAUGGAAACAUGGGGUUUAAAAAGCUAUUAUCACGACCUCAAUGCCAAAGCAGGGAGUAAUAUAUUUGGUGAAUUGUUUACCACAGUGGAUGCAUCACGAUUUAUUGUUGUUUUGUGUACAAGAGGGUUUUUAAAAGAUGCUUGGGGACAUUACUCGUCUCAUGCUGCAUUUGCUAAAUUGUUAGACCAGAAUGAAUCGAAAAGAUUUAUUGUCAUACAUUUAGAUUUAACAGAUCCAGAAAUUCCAGAGGCAUUCUAUACAAUGACCGGUCUAUCUUUCAGUGCUAACUGGCACAAUGAACAUGAGGAGUGGGAAAAGUUUAAAGAUAUUUUUAUCAAGGUCAAGCAGCAAGUACCUGCUGGGAUACAAGAAAUCAGUUGUAUUGAAAGCGAUGAACCAUCGAAAAUUAACAGCAUAUUACAAUCAGUGAAUCAGAAUACAACAAAUAGAUCUGAUAAUGGAACUCCUUUACAUCAACAAUUGGGUACAUGCAAUCAACACGAUCUUGCUGAGAUGCAAUCUAAUGACAGCUCGGUUAUAUAUCACAGAAAUAGUAUACAUGGCCAUGGGUUGGUUUCAAACAACUCAGCUAUUGUUCCAAUAGCAACAAUUCUACCAUUUAAAUCAACAACUAUACCAAGUCAAAAUGCUGCAAACAACCAAAGCACAACACAAACAGGUGUUGGUCUGACAUCAUCAGUGACCACUCCUCCAAGCACAACAACGUCUUUUACAGGGCGCAAUACGGAGGAGAACAUAAUCCUUCCACAUAGAGAUCAAACAAGUACUGCAAUGCAGAUGUCUGAUAAUGGAGAGCCUCUUGAUGACGCAGCACCUUCGACUCAUUCACAAAAUUCUUCAGAUACGAAAUUAAAGGAAAUAGUUGGCAGAGACACUAUUGAUAAAAAUGGUCUUUUAUGUAGUUUAAAAUUAAAUGAAGAAGAACUUGAAAACUGUGACCAAAGUAACUCAAUAGACAACCAGGUAAGCACUGAUUCACUUAAAACUGAGACAGAAAAAAGCCAGGUCUGUUCACAGCAAUCUGAUCAUAUUGAAAGAUCUGUUUGUCCAAAUUCGAAUCCUCAUCACGAUUGUGGAAAUGAUCAGGGUCUGAACUUGCAAUCCAUUUUAAAUGACCACCAAAAUACAAAUGGUUCCAACACUUAUUCUAUAGGAAUAAAUAGAGUAAAUGAUUAUAUUCCUCCAGUGCCAAACAAUAGUGAUGGGUAUGAAACAAUGGAUUGACCUGCUGCAAACACACAAGGUGCUUCCCUUUUAUCCACUACAAUGUUGCCAGUUCUACAAUGAAAAAUACUGUUGGGACAAUGCUUAAAUCUGUGAUCUUUGUACAGAAAUGUGACCAAAGUUUUUAAUAUUUGAAUAAAUUAUUUAUGUAUA